AUGGUCUCCUUCAUGGGCGGUGGCAUCGGCGAGAUUGCUGUCGAAGAUCACUCCUCGUCAUCGGAAGAGACUAUUUUAAAGGAAGUUACGGUGGUUAAAGACGCUGAGUUGACCGGACUUACUGGACCAGUCGCAAUUUGGUAUGAGCCUGGCUCCGAAGCGGAUUCAGCUAGGGCCUCCACUAAAGGAGGAGAAUCUGACAGAAAGGACAAAUGUGCUUUCAUUGUAGUCAUUGCCCUGCAAGAUAUUAAGGAAAUGAUAGGUUCUUGA